AUGAAUAUGGCCUAAAAUAUUUUGAAUAUUAUGGCUCUAUUAAAUUUAUAGAAAUAAUUGGAAUUGACCAUUGUGUAGGAUUUUUAUCUUUUAGACCACCAUAUAGAAAAACUGAAAUUAAUUGUAUAAUUGAUGAUGAUGAUAUAGACUUUUAA